AUGGGUAUGUUGAGAACACGGUUUAAUCAUCCAUAGAUUGUCGGAUUAGAUCUAGAGUCUCCACGGUCAACGGAGUAAGUAAUGCUUGCCACUGCGACGACAAGAAAACUGCUUACUAGAAAGUCUCCCGCCUAAUUCUUCCCUCGUAAAAGGUGAUCUAGAGAGUCCUUGGCCUCUUGAUGAGAAGUUCGAUUUUGUACACGCGCGUUUUCUUGCAGGCUGUCUCGAAAAAUGGCCUCAGUUCUUUCAACAAUGUUACGAGUAUGUCUUCCCUCUUGAUGAUCAGGUAACUCUACGGACUAAAGUCACUAAAUAUUGCGAAUAGUAAACUCGAGCCAGGUGGCUGGUUUGAAAUAGUAGACAUUUUAAUCACCCCGUACUCAGACGACAACACAUUGAGUCCACACUCCAACACCGUCGUGUGGAAUAAGCUCCUCUCAGAGAUCUCUGAAUCCGCUGGUAGACCAAUGGCCAUCACUUCUGAGUACGCAAAUCUAGCGACUUCUGCUGGUUUCAGGAAUGUGAAAGAGGUCAUUUCAGGGGUCCCCGGGAAGCCAUGGGGAGGGGAGGGGAUAGAUAGGAGACUGGGGACGUUGAGUGAAGAUGUUCAUAGAACAGUUAGUGAGAGGCUUGGUUUGGACUAUCUGGUUACCACGGCGGGAAUGGACGAGAAAAAGGUGAGGGGAAAGUUAGAGGGUGUGUUAGAGGAGCUUGGAGAUGAGAGAAUUCAUACUAAGUGGCCUUUGUGAGUGUCAAUUUAGGGAAGGCUUUUGGGGAGUUACUAAUGGUUUGCAGUUAUGCUGUGUUUGCGCAGAAGCCUUUAGAUACUUAG